AUGCUGAAAGAAAGUUUUGAUCAUGAAACUGUGGUAGCCAUCUUAAAAGGGGGCCACCCCUCGGGCCGUGGAGCAGACAGAUGGAUAUGGACUCAAAACAGUAAUGGAAGGUUUUCUUGCAAGUCGGCUUAUCUUGUACAAGCGAUGGAUAGAGCUCCCCAGUGCGACGUGGCCCCGAAUCUCUGGAACAAGCUCUGGAAUAGCAAAAUUCUGGAAAGACAUAAGAUCCUGUGGUGGUGUAUUCUAUCUAAUGCGCUCCCUACAAGGGCUGUGAUCAAUAAAAGAUUCCACAUUGAAGAUACUUGUUGCCCUCUUUGUGGAAACAGGGAAGAAACCAUGGAACACCUUUUCCUCACUUGUGAUGUGGCCAUGCAUCUCUGGCGUUCUUCUCCAUGGGGUUUUUAUCCCAUUUGUGAUACGGGUAUCCGGGUUUGGGAUUGGGUAAAGUUCAUCUGGGACCUAAACAGUAGAGGCGUGCUUGUGAAGGAUGCAUUCUUGUAUGCCUCCAUAAUCGUGGACACAAUUUGGAGGGUACGGAAUGACAAAGUUCACAGUAAUCGCCUUGUUGAUGUGAAAAAAUGUAUUGAUGAUAUUUUUUUUGUCUAUGCUGAUUUAAAAGAUACUUUGUUUUCUAGUCCUACUUCUCAUCUAGAGGAAACUUGGUCCCCUCCCCCACGGGAUUGGAUUAAGCUGAAUUGUGAUGUAAAAGUGGGGUUUGACAAUAUGUGUGUUGCAGUUGUCGCCAGAAACCAUCUCGGAGCAGUGAUUGAAGUUCGUACGGCGCGGGUGGACUUCUCUGACGCUCUUUGUGGUGAAGCUGAGGCUUGCUGCCUAGCGAUCUCGACGGCCUUAGAGAUGGGUUACAAGUUUAUCAUAAUUGAGAAUGACUCGAGGGUGGUGAUCAAUGCUCUCAAUGGUUUGGAACCUCGUUGGGCGAUUGAAAAUUACGUCUCAUUUUGUACUAAGUCUUCUCAAUCUUUUAUUAGCUGUAAUUUUUCUUUUAUUAAGCGAACAUGUAACUUUGCCGCUCACAAUGUGGCUAGAUGGGCCUUUGCUCAUCAUAUAUUUGGAUCUAUCCCGGUUUCCAUGUUACCGGAGAACCUGUUAUGUAAUGACCGAGAGGUCUAA